GAUGCUAAGCAAGUGGUUAGUGACAUCUCAAAGUCACGUAUGGGCAGAAAUGCUGCAAUCAUUCAUGAGAUUAGAAGUAGAGCUUCUUCCUUCGUUUGUAAUUUUAUUUUUAAAGGACGUGCGGCUAAUAGAGACGCACACAACCUUGCCAAAUAUUCACUCUCGUUCGGCCGACUUCCCACGCUCUAUGGACUUUGAUGAAUAAAUUGGCUUUACCCCUAAAAAAAAAUACUAGCCUCCUUCUUCCACCUCCGCCUUCCCCCACCUCUUCACCGCCGGCCGCCUCCUUCCGCUUCAUAAACCCCUUCGCGGGAGCCCCUUUCCCCGCGCCAUGCGGUCCCUCGCGCGGCCGCCGAGGCCGACCAAGCCCCUGCCCCCGCUCGCCGCCUUCGUCCAGUCCAUGGGGUACGUGGAGGUGAAGAUGCGGUGGAAGAAGGACGCGUCCUUCGACGCCGUCCCGGUGCUCGCGCACGCGCGGGACCUCCGCCCGCUCGCCGCCCUCGCGCGCCUCCUCUCCCCGUCGCCGACCCCCGUCUCCGCGGUCUCCAAGCUCCGCCGCUCGCUCGAGACCUCCGACCGCCGGGUCGCCUCCUUCCUGCGCCGCUUCCCCGCGGCCUUCGUCGAGUCCGUCGGGCCCGAGCACAACCACCCCUGGUUCCGCCUCUCGCCCUCCGCCGCGCGCCUCCAGCGGGAGGAGCGGGACGUCUUCGCCGCCCGCCGCGCCGACAUCACCUCCCGCCUUCGCCGCCUCCUCCUCAUGUCCCCGGCCCGCCGCCUCCCGCUCACCGUCGCGCAGGGCAUGCUCUGGCACCUCGGCAUCCCGGAGGACUACUUCAAGCGCCCGGAUUUCGACAUUGGGCAAGAUGGAUUCAGGAUUCUGACCACCGGAGAUGCUGUAUUUUCCGAGGACGAGAACCAUGGUAAGGAGCUGGGGCUCAUCGAUGAUGGGAAAGAUCAAGAAAUGCCACUGUCGGUGCUUCAAAUGGGUGCCAUACGGAGGUUUGGGUCGGCAGAGGAGGUGCCCUUCCCGCUGUUCCCGUCCAAGGGUCUUCGGCUGAAGCGGAAGAUUGGAGACUGGAUGGAGGGAUUCCAGAAGCUGCCUUACAUCUCUCCCUAUGCGGACUUCAGCAACAUUCAUCGGGGUAGCGAUGUUUCAGAGAAGCGGGCGGUUGGGGUGCUCCAUGAGCUGUUCAGUCUGUUUGUGACAUGCUCUGCCGAGAGGCGACGGUUACUCUGCCUCAGGACACACCUGGGGCUGUCACAGAAGGUUCACCUGGUGUUUGAGCGGCACCCGCACAUAUUCUACUUACUGUUGAAGGAGAAAACGUGCUUUGCUGUCCUCAAAGAGGCAUACAUGGCUGGGGGACACACAUCAAUUGAGGAGCACCCCAUGCUGGAGGUGCGGAGCAAGUAUGCCAGGUUGAUGCAGGAGUCACAGGAGAUCAUAAGGCGCCGGCGAAGCGGGAAGCCUGUACAGUUGGAUCCUGAGGAUCAAGAGAGUGAGGAUUCGAAGGGUAUAAAUUCAGCUGCAAUCCCUUCAUAGGAUGUUUAUUAUUUUUGACUGAUCAGAAAUAAGGAAAUGGGCAAUACGGCUUUUUACGGAUUUUUGCAACAAGAGUGAGGGGGCUUUACCCUUGGAAGCAGCAAAUUUGCAUGCAAAUAAAGGAGUUGUGCGCCUAUGCAAAGAGGCCUGUUUUGUGAAAGCCGUGGAAAAAUGCGACGACCGCUGCUCUCUUGAAAGUUGAGCUGCAAGUGAUUUGCAGGCAUUUAGCAGGUAAUCCGAGGUUAAUAUAAUGGUACUUUUUUUCCUGAUAAUAGAUAGGAGGAACUUCUGUCUUUUUUCCACAGACGAUUAUAUAUCAAGGUGCAUAUUUCAUUUUAUCAUUGAUAGGUUUUGGUUUCCGCAGCAAGCAAAUGCCUGUUGGAUGAAUUGUCUGAAGCUAAAGAAACCCUGUUCACUGCUAAUCUGUUAUGCACCAAGCCGAGGGAGUUGGUAAUAUAAGAGUCUAUGUGCCAGAAGUCUUAAUCUCUUUACAUGUUCGUGGUGAGCUAGUAAGAGAGAGAGAGAGAAAUCCUGUUCGCUUAAUUGGUAGGCUAUUUUUUCUAAUCUUUCAAGUUGAGAAAGGCAUGCAUGGCAUGUCACCUUCUGGUAAGAAGGGUGGCUUCUUCAACAGCGACCGUGUUUUCUGGAGAGGAGGGAGCCUCGCGUCGCCUCCUCGGGGCUAGAGGAGGGAACAAAGAGCAAGCGGGAGGGCCCAGUUCUCGCGACGACGAUCACGUGGGAUUUCAUUUUAUUUUUCCGUGUUGUCAUGUGGAAGAUAGCAAGUUAGUAACCAUUAAUUUGUACUUCUAUGCUGAUAUCACUCUGUUCAGUUAAGGUGAACAGGUCCACCCUACAAACAGCCAUCAUAAAUCUUAAUCAUGUCCCCACGAAGGCGAACUGGGAUGUUGCUGUUACUCAAGUUCUUCAGAUGAUCAAAGGGAGGCAAACCGAACAACUUCAUCAGCUUAGAGAAGCAAUGGAGCAUCACAAUUGUUUCUUUAGUUUUACCUUUUGUUGCUGGUAUGGUUGUCUCAGUUUUGUUGAGAAGAGAGAAUUCAGAGAAUGCAAAAAAAAAAGAGUGAAAAAUGCACAGUAUUUCUGAGUUUGCAUCCUGUUGCAUAUGCACAGAUAUAUGUAAUCUGAAUGCAAGCUUCUCUUGCUGCCAUGAAUGGAAGAUUUUGUUAACGGAAAA